AUGCAAUCACGUUCUUAAAGAAGAAGAAGAAUUUUGAAAUAAUGCAUCUAAAAAAAGAGUAAAAUAGAAGACAAUGCACAUGUAACUUAGGAAAUAGAUUCUGAUUAUGAGGAUGUAAGUGAAAUGGAAGAAGAUGAACAUAUUCAAUAUGAAGAUGAAUUUGAUGAUGAAUAUGGUAACCUAUCAUAUUAAUUUAGUUAGAGAGUGAAGAAGGAGAAAUCAAUAUUGAUAGUGAAGAUGAAGAGAUAUUAUAAAAAGAGGAGUAAAAUUAAGAAUAAUCAUAAUAAACAUAAUAAACAUAGUAAUAAUAAUAACCACAAUAAUAAAAAUCAACACUCAAGAGAAAAAAGAAAGGUAUGGAAUAGGAGUCCUAAGAAAAUUAAAAAAGAGUAUGGUUCUAUGAUGAAGCUGAAAAUUUAGAUUUUGAUAACAGAGCUUAUAAUAUGUUACAUAGAGUUACAACAGAAUGGCCUUGUUUAUCCUGUGACUUUGUAUUAACAGAAGAAGAGUAAUAACAAUAUAGAAAUAAGGAAUUUCAUAAAAUGAAUAAAUAUCCUUAUACUGUGUAUUUAGCAGCUGGAACUCAAGCAGCAUAACCUACAAAAAAUUAAAUAUACUUAUUAAAAUUAUCGAAAAUGCAUAAAACAAAAUAUGAUGAUGAUGAAGCAUCAUAAUCAGAAGAAGAUAGUGAAGAUGAUAAUCUUAGUAAUGAUGAAGAAGGUCAAGUACAUUUAAGUAGUGUGACCGGCCUUAGAAGUGGAGUAAAUAGAUUAAAAACAAUGAAUGGCUAAGCAAUAGCUGCUUAUUGGAAUGAAAAUGGAGAUGUAAACAUUCUAGAUUUGAAUCCCUUAUAUAAAAAGCUUUAAACAAAUUAAUAAUCAUAAUUUAAUUUAUCACAAUUACAUCACAAAAUAUUUAAAAAUUAAUAAGAAGGAUUUGCUUUAGAUUGGAGUCGUUUAAAAGUAGGUGAUUUAAUAAGUGGUUCUGUAGAUGGCAAGAUAUAUUUAUAUCAUCUUAAUAAUAAUGAUUGGUUGAGAGAUAAUAAAGCAUAUGAAUAUCAUAAAGGAAGUGUAGAAGAUUUAUAAUUCUCUCCUAUUGAAAGUUUUGUUUAUGCAUCAUGUUCUACUGAUGGAACUUUAUGUAUUGUGGAUACUAGAGAAGGUAAACAUAAAUAAGCUUAAAUACUUAUUCAAGCUCAUAAUUGUGAUGUUAAUGUCAUAUCAUGGAAUUAAGUAUCAGCUACCCUUGUAGCUACAGGAGCAGAUGAUGGUUGCUUUAAGAUUUGGGAUUUAAAAUAUCCUAAAAAUGAUGCUAUAUCUGAAAUUCAAUUUCAUAACAAAGCUAUUACAUCUAUUUAAUUUUAACCUAAUAGUGAUUCUAGUAUAGCUGUUUCAUCUGAAGAUCAUAAACUCUCAAUAUGGGAUUUUGCAGUCGAAAAUGAAAAUAACAAUGAAGAUGAUGUUCCUGAUCAACUUAUGUUUGUACAUCAAGGAUAAAAAGAUCUUAAAGAACUUAAAUAUCAUCCUAUCUAUUAUGAAAUGAUUGUAAGCACUUCUGCUAAUGGAUUCAAUGUAUUUAAACCAACUCUAGAUGAAGAAGAAAAGAAAUCUGAAUAAUCUGAAGAAGAUUAAGGCUAAAUACCUGUAAUCAAAGAGGAAGAUCUAAAUAAAUAUUUUUAAUAAAUGUCAAUAUAAUGA